CUAAAUUUUCAUUUGCGUCCUAGAAGCCUUCCGGCGGCUACGCCUUCGCACACCUCGCUCGAUUGGGAGCACGGUCCUUACUCACUGACCCCGGAGGUAUCUCAGCUAUUCACCUUGCUUUCUUUCCCAAUACCAGGGUCGACCCUCGUCGCCGAAAACGAUGGGAUCGGCCGGGAGCAGCGAUGCCUUCACCCUGCAUACAGGCCUCUCCUACGGCCAGGACCCCCGGCAGAUCAUCGACCUCUUCGUCCCAACGAGAGGAAAGGAGUCACUCGAACCUCUGCCGUUGUUCGUGUACCUGCACGGGGGGGCUUGGCGAAGCGAGUCCAUUGCAGGUAACCACGACCUCGGCGCCUUCUUGGCCGGCGCAGGCAGCGCCGCAGUAGCUCUAGUCGAGUAUCGCCUCUCUCUGCUCAACGAUGGCGACGCAGUGCCCCACGUCCAGCACCCGCUGCAUCUGCUAGACGUCUACGCUGCGCUAGAAUACCUCUUGAACGAGCGCAACGCGGCAAAGUGGCACUACGAUGCGCGAAACGUCGUUGUCGCAGGCCACUCGGCGGGGGCUUGGGUGGUGUCGUCGAUGCUGCUCGAUGCUGCAGCACCGCCCCUCCAGCAAGACGAACAGCGCAUCGUUUCGGCCUGCCCACGGUUCUCACCCACGUCGAGAGCCGCGAUCAAGGCUUACGUCGGCAUUGACGGGCUAUACGACCUCGUCUACCUCGUCGAAAAGUAUCCCUCCUACAUGUCGUUUGUCUCACAGGCAUUCUACAAGACACCAAUCGCCACCAAAGAUUCCUACACAAAAGAUGAACUCCAGCCGUUGGAAAAGGUGUCGGUCAAUCGUUGGAGGCUCGCCUUGCCCGAAGACGGGAAUCACCAGCACGAGCGUACGCAGCGAACCAGAUUCUUCUUCCUACAUUCGCGCGAGGACACGCUGCUGGACGUCGAGUAUGAGCAGCAGGCUCUUGACUUCUUUGCGAAGUCAGGCGUCGACUUGCAUGUUGAUUUAGACACGCUUCGGGGCGACCACGACGAAGCCACGCACACAAAGGCCUUCUUCACUCUGCUGCAGAAGAUCAUCAGUUCGUAAUCAUGUAUUGCUGCUGGAACAAUCUAUCC